AUGCCCGGCGAUGAGAAAGCCCCCGUGAAGCUCUCGCUGCCGCUGCAGUUCCAGCAGGACAUCUUCCAGGACCUGCGCAAUGAGGACCAGCUCGUCAUCCUCGCCCGCGGCCUCGGCCUGCUGCGCAUCGUGACCAACCUCCUCCACGCCUACGAUGCCGCCGGGAACAACCUCGUCCUCCUCGUCGGCGCCGACGACCGCGAGAACGGCUGGAUUGGCGAGUCGCUGGCCGAGCAUGCCGCCGUCAGCAAUGCCCCCAAGGCCCGCGGCCUCAGCCUGGUCAACACCAACAUGAUGAGUGUCGGCGCCCGCGAGAAAAUGUAUUCACGCGGCGGCAUUUUCAGCAUCACCUCCCGCAUCCUCAUCGUCGAUCUGCUAUCCGGUCUGCUCGAUCCCGCCACCAUCACCGGCUGCGUCGUGUUGCACGCCGACCGAAUAGUGGCAACAUCGCUCGAGGCUUUCAUCUUGCGCAUCUUUCGUCAGAAGAACAAAGCGGGAUUCCUGAAGGCGUUCUCCGACAAUCCCGAGCCAUUCGCUACCGGCUUCUCUCCGCUAGCCACCAUGAUGCGCAAUCUGUUCUUGCGCCGGCCCUCUCUCUACCCCCGCUUCCAUGUCGCUGUAGCAAAAUCGCUUGAGGGCCGCCGGAAAGCUGAAGUGAUCGAACUGGAGGUGCCCAUGACUGACAACAUGGCUGCUAUCCAACAGGCGGUCAUGGAAUGUGUCGAGGUGAGCAUCAUCGAGCUUCGGAAGAACAACUCUGGCUCUCUAGACAUGGAGGACUGGACGCUGGACAGUGCUCUGCACAGGAACUUCGACGCCCAGAUCAGACGUCAACUGGAUCCCGUGUGGCACCGCACAAGCUUUCGGACACGGCAGAUAGUCCGGGAUCUCUCUCUGCUCCGCCACAUCCUCCAUGCCGUCUUGGCAUACGAUGCUGUAGAUUUCAACAAGUACUUGGACACUGUCAUUGCCGCCUCGUCUCCGCCGCCCGGAUCAACACGGAUGAACCAGUCACCGUGGCUGUUCCUCGACGCUGCGAAUACGUUGUUCGAAACUGCUAGACGUCGUGUCUAUGCCGGCAAGCUCAACGACGCUACCACAACCAACACUUCUAAUGAGGUACCCGAAUCGCUCAGACCUGUUCUUGAAGAAUUGCCAAAAUGGCGCAUGCUUGCUGAAGUUCUGGAGGAAAUUGAGAGAGAUUACUAUUUCAAUCCUGUCCCGCAGGAUGACUCAAGCGGCGCCAUUCUCAUCAUGUGCGGUGACCACAGCACUUCCCGCCAGCUGCGUGAAUACCUACAAACCAUGCGUGUCAGGUCCGAUGAGCCCGAGGAAAAGAAUGAGGACCAAGAAGCGAAGGGCCCGUCCGCUGCCUUUAUGAUGAGACGGAAGUUGCGGAACUACAUCAGUUGGAAGAGAGACUUUAGCAAAGUCAGCGCUUCUCUCUUCGCAGAGAACAACAAGGUGAUCAAUAAUGACACCCGCAGUGGACAAGCCGGACCGGGAAGGGCACCUCGGAACAAGAGACGACGCGUCCGCGGCGGAGCGGCAGCUGGAUCCGGUCCGUCUAGAACCGUGAUGGGGGAGAUGCAGCAGAGCUUCAAUCGUGAUGCUCAUAUGCAGAGCCUUCUCACUGAACUUCAACCCACGGGAGAGGAAACCCAGCAGAAAGGCGAAAUCGCGGCGGACCCACUUGAAAACAUGGAGGACUAUUACGAGCUGUACGAGAUGAAAGAGCUGCUCGUAAUCCACCCAUACGACGGAGACAUGGAUGAGCAUGUACUGGAGGAAGUACGGCCUCGUUAUGUCAUCAUGUACGAGCCAGACGCGGCCUUCAUCCGACGGAUAGAGGUCUAUCGCAGCUCGCACACGGAUCGAAACGUCAGGGUGUACUUCAUGUACUAUGGUGGGUCCGUCGAAGAACAACGCUAUCUCAGCGCUGUCAGACGUGAAAAGGAUGCCUUCUCCAAGAUGAUUCGUGAAAGGAGCAAUAUGGCUAUUGCCUUGGACAAUAUCAACAUCCAAGAUCCGCAAGAGGCUUUUCUCCGGACAGUCAACACCAGGAUUGCCGGUGGCGGUCGUCUCGCCGCCACCGCAACUCCCCCACGGGUGGUCGUGGAUGUACGCGAGUUUCGAUCGUCGCUCCCUUCCCUGCUACACGGUCGACAAAUGGUCGUCGUGCCAUGCAUGCUGACGGUCGGUGACUACGUCCUCACGCCCAACAUCUGUAUCGAGCGUAAGAGCGUCCAGGAUUUGAUUUCGUCCUUCAACAAUGGCCGCCUGUAUAACCAAGCCGAGACGAUGCUCCAGCACUACAAGAACCCUAUGCUGCUCAUUGAAUUCGACCAGAACAAAUCAUUCACGCUCGAACCAUUCUCGGACUUGAGUCAGUCGGCUGCCGCCGCCGCAAUGGCCGCUGCCCCGGACCUCCAGGCAAAGAUUGUCAUGCUGACGAUUGCCUUCCCCCGUCUGCGCAUCAUCUGGUCCAGCUCACCGUAUCAGACUGCCGAGAUUUUUGAGGAAUUGAAGAAACAGCAGGAUGAGCCCGAUCCUGUCAAAGCAGUGCAGAUCGGGCUAGAGGAAGGCGAGGAUGCCGAAAGCAAGACGUUUAACCAAGUGCCACAGGAUAUGCUGCGUAUCGUCCCUGGUAUUACGGGAAAUGAAAAGAUGCUGGAACGGGUUGCGUUCAGCGUGGGCAGCGUUUUUGAGCUGGCCAACAUGACAGAGGAGGAGCUGAAUCAGCUUUGCGGUAGGGAAGCAGGAAGGCAAAUUUUCAGGUUCUUCAAUCGCGAUGUGGUUGAUGAUUAG